GGUUGAGAUGAUGUGUGCAUUUUCGAGGGGAAGUGACAGAUUGUGAAGUAGUUGGAGUGGUCAGGACUAAUUGACUUAAAGACUCUCUCUCUCUCUCUCUCUCCUCAAAUAAGAUUUUCAGCAGUUCCUCUGGAGAGCCAUGUCAUAUCCGUGUUCCAGCAUUUUGGAGGUUAUGGGUUUGAUCUCAGGAGUGGGUGCAUGGUUCUGCUUGCUCGCUACUACACUAAUGCCCGGCUGGCUGACCUUCAACAAUGAGAUAACGUCGACAACCGAGAACCGUGUUGUGGGCCUGUGGAAGUCCUGUGUGGUGGAUGAACUGACAGGCACUGAGUGUUAUCCCUUAAAAAGACCCCUGUAUCUGUCGUACAACCUCAGAAUGGCACGCAUCUACAUGUGCAUUUCAGACGCCCUAGGACUCCUAAGCAUUCUGAUGGCUGUCCCAGGUCUGAGACUGGCGAAACGUUGGAUAGGGUCCCAGGGAAGGAAGGUGAGGUGCAGCCUGAAGAUUACAGCAGGUGUGCUAUGUCUGACAGCUGCUGCAUUUGGACUCUAUCCUGUGUCCAGACUCGCCCAUGCAACCAUUCUGGAGUUCAACGAUGUUGCAAUUCCUGAUGCAGUGACUCGCUGGGAACUGGGCAAUGCGCUGUACGUCGGCUGGGUUGCAGGUUUUUUUCUUGUCGUCUCUGCAAUGUUGUUCUUCGCCUCAUGUUGCAGUUUGAAAGAGAAGGAGAUGCUCUUAAAGUUACUUUCAAGAAAUAAGAAUUAAGAAUAAUAAUUUCAAAUAUGUCUAAAUCAAUGUUUUAAAAGUUUUGGAAAUAACAACCUUAGAAUAAAGUUUAAAUGUGUAUACAGUG